AGGUGUGUGUAGCCUAAUUUUACAUGCCAGUUCAGAAUUAUCUACAAGAAACACAAAAUGCCAGUUUCUACCACCACUAUUACUUCCAUGUCUAUCUCCCAUUUCACAAAGAAUCAAGUGCUUGGGAGUGGAGAGGAAGAGAAGCUAACCCAUGAGUGCAAGGAACUGCUGCUUUCUGUUCCCAGAGAAAGAGGUUGGAGAACUCCUUUUAUCUAUCAAUUUCAGGGAUUUUGGUGCCAGCCAAAGGAGAUCCAAGCCAUUUUAUCUUUCCAUAAACACUUCCAAGCAAAAGACGGUGAUGUUAUUCUAGCCACAAUGCCAAAAUCAGGCACCACUUGGCUAAAAGCCAUAGCUUUUGCCAUCCUGAACCGCAAGAAAUUUCCAGCAUUCUCAAAUAACCAUCCCUUGCUUUUUUCCAAUCCUCAUGAUCUUGUUCCUUUCUUUGAGUACAAAGUUUAUGCAAACGACCAGGUUCCUGACCUCUCAAUACUCCCUGAGCCUAGACUCUUAGCUACCCAUAUUCCAUUUGCGUCCUUGCAAGAAUCCAUCAAGAAUUCCAGUUGCAAAAUUGUUUAUAUUUGUCGAAACCCUUUUGACACUUUCAUCUCCUCAUGGAUUUUCAGUAACAAGAUUAGGCCAGAAACUAUUCCUCCACUGUCACUAGAGGAAGGUUUCAACAUGUAUUGCAAUGGGGCUAUUGGGUUUGGUCCAUUUUGGGACCAUAUGUUGGGGUACUGGAAGGAGAGCCUGGAAAGACCAGACAAGGUGCUCUUCUUGAAGUAUGAGGACAUGAAACAAGGCAUUGCAUUUCACUUGAAGAAACUUGCAAAGUUUCUUGGUUGCCCUUUUUCAUUGGAGGAAGAGGAGGAAGGUGUAAUUGAAGAUGUAGCCAAGCUUUGUAGCUUUGAGAAGUUGAAGGAAUUGGAGGUGAACAAAUCUGGCAAGUCCAUUAUGAACAUUGAAAAUAGACACUUGUUUAGGAAAGGUGAAGUUGGAGAUUGGUUGAAUUAUUUAUCCCCUGCAAUGGUGGAGCAAUUGACCCAAGUGAUGGAGGAAAAAUUAAGUGGCUCUGGUCUUGAGUUCAAGGCGAUUUCCUAGAAUGCAUUACUCUCUGGAUAGCCAUCAGCCAUGCUUGCUACUUGGGUUCAAACACUUUCUUAAUUUCCUUUAUGCAUUCAAUAAAAUUUUAUGUAUGAUAUUGUUUGUAAUUUUAUUAAUUAAUGAAGUAUUUUAAUUGCAUUUUAGUUUUU